AACCGAGACCGAAAGAUGAUACGAUAGGACCUUGACGCCCAAACCUCCUCCGCUCGAGCCCGAUCGAUCCACCGCCCACGCUACAUUAUCAACUACGAACAAUACCGCCGCCAUGAGUAAAAUGUGGGAAGUCGAUCCGGAAACCCGGAGCAAGCUGCAAGAGAUAGCCAAGACGAAUGAGAAUAACAGAUGUGUAGACUGCGGCGCGCCCAGUCCGCAAUGGGCGUCGCCCAAGUUCGGCAUUUUCUUCUGCCUCGCGUGCUCAGGCAUACACCGAUCGCUAGGAGUGCACAUUUCAUUUGUGCGAUCCGUGACCAUGGACGCAUUCAAGACAGGGGAAGUCAAGAGGAUGGAAUUUGGUGGUAACAAGCCGUGGAAGGAAUUCUUCAAUAAUCACAGCAGCAAUACCUUGAUUGGGCAGGAAUUCGACAGCUGCACCAUCUCAGAAAGAUACGACAGUGAAGCGGGUGAGGAGUGGAAGGAGAGAUUAACAGCAAAGGUUGAGGGGACAGAGUAUGUGCCAGGCUCAUCGAAGCCUAAGCCAGCCCCGAAGAAGGCCGCAAUUGAGAGCAUAUCAAAUACGCCUGCAGGGUCGGGAAGAAACACGCCUCUUGCUGGCGUAAGAGCGACUCCGCAGCGAGCAGCGUCGCCUUCACAGAAAUCACGAAACGAGGCUUACUUCGCGAAGAUGGGACAGGAGAACGCUAAUCGACCUGAAGGUCUCGCGCCUUCUCAAGGCGGCAAGUACGCCGGUUUUGGAUCAUCACCCAUGCCUACAAAUAGCAAUGGCUCUGGAGUUCCAACCGCGGACGAGUUUCAGCAGAACCCUAUGGCAGCACUUACGAAAGGAUUUGGCUGGCUAUCGAGCACGGUGUCAAAACAGGCGGCCACAGUGAACAAAACGUACCUCCAACCAGGCAUGAAAAAUUUCGCAGAGAGUGAUUGGGGCGCGCAAGUACGAACGGCGGGUAUGAAUUUGGGAAACACUGUGCAGCAAGGCACGCGAGGGCUCGGCGAGCAGUUCAACAAAUUUGUGGACCCAGAACAUCAGCCUGGCAAAGCAGCCCCAGCAAAGCAGGACUUCUGGGACAGUUUCGGUCAGGCACCGGCAGGACCUCCCAAAGACAAAAAGGACUUCUGGGACGACUUUUCUGCUGCUGGUGAAUCCGCUCAACAGCAGAAAGCAAAGCCAUCGACUUUGGGAACGAAUGCCAUGAAAACUUCUGGAGGCGCUGGUGGCGCCGCCGGGGCGAAGAAGAAGGACGAAGAUGGGUGGGGCGAGUGGUAGUUUGAAUAUUAGCAUGGAGUCUGGAGUUGUUCUACAGCGAUUGGGCAUGAGUUGGCGGCCAUUUGAGCAUACAUUUACCCACGAAUCGAUCUAGCAAUCUAAGAGACAUUCGAAGCAUUUUCCAGGAACC